AUGGGAGGAAGUGGAUCCAAAAAAAAACUUCAAUCAUUGGAGAAGCAACAAGAAAUGCUUAUGAGAGAACAUGCCGAGAUGGCAAAACGUCUAGCUGAAGAACAAGAGCAGGGUAAAAAACAACAUGAAGCAGCUCUUGCACAAAUGGCCCAACUCAUGCUUCUAUUAAUCGCAUCACAAGCUGAAACACAAACGACUAAAAAAGAAGAACAAUUACUUGAAAUUGAAGGUGUUACAUAUAUUAUAACUGAGUUUGUUAAUAAAGGUGGAUUUGGACAAAUCUAUAAAGGUGUAGUUAAAGGCAGUGAUCGUGUUGCUGCAAUUAAAGUUAUGCCAAAUUCACCAUUAAUUCAAAAAGAAAUUGAAAAUGAAAUACGUUUUUUACGUUUAACUAAAAAAAUUUCACUUGAGCCUCAUCCAGUAAUUGACUAUUAUGGUUGUAAAGUUACAAGUGAACAUAUAUUUAUUUCAAUGGAAUUAGCUCAUUGUGAUGUUUUAACAUUUUGGUUUCAAGGUAUGGCAGAUAAAAGUCCAGAACAACAAUUUACUUUUGGACUUGUAAUUAUCAUGUAUACAUUACGUGCAUUGGCAUUUCUCGAAAGAUUAAAUAUUAUUCAUGGAGAUAUCAAACCACAAAAUCUUGUUAUAGUACAACAAGGUGAAGGUUCUUUAUGUGUUAAAUUAAUUGAUUUUGGAACAGUUGAAAAAAUGCAUACAUUACGUUCUUUAGUUACUGUUGAUGCAACUAAAGCUCAUACACAAUUUUUUGCAUCACCAGAAUUUUUACGACGUGAUUCGAAAAAUUUAAUUUCACGUCGUUUACAUAAAAAAUCUGAUGCUUGGGCUGCUGGUGUUAUGUUUUAUUUAUUAUUUCUUGCAAAAUUACCAUGGGAAGAUGAGCAUGAAUAUGAAAAUUUUGUAAAUGAUCCACAUGCAGAAGAUGUUGUCAUACCUGGAGAUGGCGGUUAUAAACUUAUUAUUGAACUUCUAUUAAAGAAAGAUCCUGAUGAACGUGCAAGUGCUAAAGAAACUCUUUUACAAAUGAAAGCACAUCCAGUUCUUGGCAAGAUUGUUGAAGCAUUAGAAGAAAUAUUCUCUCCUGCUGAUGAUGUAUGCCAUGUUAAAAUACCUAACUCUCUUCGAGAAGAAAUGGCAAAUUUUGCUACACCACAACAACGAGCUCGUAUGGUUACAGGUUCAACAAGCUCAACAUUAACAACAGGUUCAACAAGUAAAACAUUAACAACAGACUCGUUUAAACAUCCUCAAUCACGUCGUUCAUGUCGAUAUGGUCGAGAUUGUUAUAGAAAAAAUCCUGAACACAGAGAAGAAUUUGCUCAUCCAGGUGAUCGAGAUCAUCGUGAAGGAGGUUCUGGAAAAGAAAAAUGUCGUUAUGGAUCACAAUGCUAUCGAAAAAGCAAUGCAGAACAUAUGGCAAAAUAUUCACAUUAA